AUGUUUAUACUCACCACGAUUCAAGACUUGAUCCAAAUCAAGCCGCAGGACUUUGAGAAGCCUAGCGCGCAAGCCAUCAAGGAUGUCAUCAACGAUAAGUAUAGCAACAGGAUCAUUCCCAAUAUUGGUCUCUGUAUCUGUAUGUGGGAUUUACUCUCGGCUUCAGAGGGUCUCAUCGGCCACGGAACUGGACUUGUAAAUGUCAAUGUCGAGUUUCGCAUGACUGUGUUCCGCCCUUUUCGCGGCGAGAUUAUCUAUGGACGCAUAAAGACUUCGAACCAAGAGGGCAUCAUUAUUGAUCUGGAAUUCACUUCAGAGAUCUUUAUACCGUAUCAGAAUCUCCCAGAGAACUCGUCAUUUUCGCAAGCAGAGAAUGUAUGGGUGUGGAACUCGGAGGGAACAGAGCUCUUCUUUGACAAGGGAGAGCCGGUGCUGUUCAGGGUAGAGCACGAAGAGUGGUUUGAUCAGCGGCCGACGAUUAUAGAAAAAGAUGAAAAGGGCGAGAUCAUUGAAGAGAGACCCACGGCCUGGAGAGUGAUUGGUUCCAUGGCUCAACCAGGUCUUGGUCCGACACUGUGGUGGGCCGAAGGCGGAGAAGAAGGCGAAGAGGGAGACGUUGAGAUGGAGGAGGAAGCUGAGGAAUGA